CCUAGUCAACUAAACUUCAAUCUUCACUCUCCACUCCAUAAUAUCAACUUCAUUAUACACAAUUAGAAAGAAUAAAUUAGGUAUGUCUCCACAAACAUUAAGAAGAUUAAUUGUUUAAGGAAGAUAUUGCUUAGAAUAUUACAUAUAUCGAAAAAAUUAAUUAUAUGAGUGUGGACGGGUACCCACGACCGGGUAUACUUUAACCCAAACCCAUCCUGUGAAUAGUGUAGCGGAUUUAAACCCAAACCCGACCCAAAACCUGUCAACACGAAUUUUACCUUGUUUAACCAGGUUGGGUCGAAUAGGAUACCCGUGAGUUCAGGUUUUGUUUCCAUUCUUGUUGUAGACUGUAGUAAUAGCAUAGCGUUGUUUGCUAUAAAAUUCAGUUGGCGCCAAAGAAUGACGAGGCAGCAGAAUAUUAGAUUUGGAUGAGACGAAGACAAAUGAGAUUGAGAAACAAAGCAUCCUUCUUCCCUUCCCUAUCCACUCCUCCAUGAUUGCUUACCUCACCGACACUCCCACUCCCUUCCAUCUUUAAUAAAACUACAUCACCGCCUGCAAUCUCUCCCUCUCUCUUGAGGCACAAAUUCAGCAGCUCUCCCUUUACAGGGUUACCUCCAAGGUUCGAUUCCUUCCUCCUUCCUAUCUGGGUGUUGUUACUAAUCACUCUUCCUUGAGCCUCCCAGUUGGGGCCUUCACUCACUGUGUUUAUUGUAAUAGAACAGUAAGUAAGAACCCACAAAGAUUCAUGGAAGUUUCUGCAGAAGCUAAAUGUAGCGCCUCUCCAUCAUCCGGCGGCUACGGCAAACCUCCCUGGAUAUUCAAGGGCAGAGCCUUGUACCAGCUCCAUCUCGUCAAGGCAGAAACUGCUCGAGCAUUCAUUCCAAAAGAGUCCAAGCUAGUUGAAGCUUUUGGAUACACUCUAGGUGGUUUCUUCCUCGCAAACUAUGAAGAUAGCCCCGCUGGAUCUUUCGAUGAGCUGGUUGUGAUUGCUGGAAUUGUGUGGAACCCGCCAACAUCUUGCGCAUGGGCAGCCAGGGUACUUGUUAACAGUGAAGAUGCAUGUCAUCAUGGACGCAAGGAAGUUGGACUGCCGAGUCACGUUGCCAAGUUCUCAAAGAGAACAAUGGCAGUUCCCAUGACUCGGAAGAGUAGAGCCAGUGGCUUUCUCAACAUGAUUGGCUUGGGUGCUUCUGCAUCUACUCUCACAGACCGCUUGGAUGUUCAAGUCACAGAAAUGGCAGCUCGUUCACCAACUAAUAACGUCUGUAAUAUCAACAUCGCAACUCUUGUUCCAGGGAUGAAAUUGGACCGGUGGAGAGGGCCAGAGAUCAAGUUAUCAUUACCGAGUUUCAGCGGCCGAACUGAGUGCAAUCCAAACCUACUGAAGUACACUUGCAACCUUAAAUGCAGGGUAAGGGCAGUGCAGCCAGCGAUAGCAUCUGUGUCGAUGCAAGAUCCAGAAGAAGCUAUGGAUGACUCUGCUGCUGUAGAUAGCAAUCCAAACCUAACUCUGUCUGUUCUCUUAUCAAAACCCAUUAUAGCUUUGGAAUUCAGUUCUCUUGAAAUGAAAGUGGGAGCCCCACUUGUAGUAGUUCCCCACUUUUCUAAAAGCUCCAGUAGAACCUCCUUAGGAGUUCCCUAGCUUCCAAAAUAAACUGCAGUUCCAAUC